AUGCAGCAAGAAGCACAUGUUCAUGGCAGGGAGCCGAGUCCGCUGGACACUACUGGCUUAUGCCUACUGUCCCUGGAUGGCGGAGGGGUGCGAGGCCUUUCAUCACUCUACAUCCUGAAAAGCAUCAUGGACCGACUGAACCAUGCGCGGGAGCAGACGCAACUCCUGCCAGUGAAGCCGUGCGAAGUGUUCGACCUUAUUGGAGGCACAAGCACUGGUGGCCUCAUCGCGAUCAUGCUCGGCCGGCUCGAGAUGGAUGUCGAUCAGUGUAUUGACGCAUACAGCAAUCUUGCAGCAACAGUGUUCGGGGAGAAGCUGCGCUCAGUCCCUAUCAAUUUUAAGGGUAGUAUCACGGCCCGGUUCGACUCGGCGACGCUGGAAAGCGCGAUCCAAAAGGUUAUUGAGAACAGUGGUGCUUGUAAGCAGGAUCUAUUUAAUGAUGGCACUGCACGGGGAUGUAGAACUUUCGUUUGUACCGCCGACCGCCAUACAAAGGACAUUGUUCGCCUCCGAAGUUAUAGCCUCUCUCACGAGCCAAAUAUCCGCACGACGAUAUGCCAAGCUGCCCUUGCGACAUCUGCAGCCACAACCUUUUUUGAACCGAUCAGCAUCGGGGACCGAUCGUUUGCUGAUGGUGGACUAGGCGCGAACAACCCAGUGGACGAAGUUGAAGGCGAGGCGUCGAACAUAUGGUGCCCUGAGACGGGAGAGCUUAAGCCGCAGGUGAAGUGCUUCAUAUCGAUCGGGACAGGAAACCCAGGCAAGAAGCCGUUCGAGGACAAUAUAUUCAAGUUCCUCGGGAAGACAGUGGUGCAGAUUGCAACCGAGACAGAGAACACAGAGCGGAGGUUCAUAGCGAGAUGGGCAAAGCAUUUCGACGAGAAACGGUACUUCAGGUUGAAUGUCGAGCAGGGACUACAAGAGAUUGGGCUUGACGAGUACAGGAAGAAGGGAGCGAUAGAGGCGGCGACAGAAGGCUAUCUCACGCACAUGGCACAGAAGUUCCGGGUGCGGGACUGCAUUGAAAACUUGAAACUCAAAGAAAGUGUGUAUCUUGAAGACUUUAACAAGACUGAGAUUUCUUUCGUCAAUAUUAUACACGUAUGUGCAUUUGUGCAUUACCUCCAACCAGCUUGUUCCUUGCUAAAACGUACAGAAACAUACCCUACGCGCCAAUCAAAGACAGUGGCAGUCAGGUACGAAGAUCUUCAUCGUUUUCACGUACCAUUCGACCUUGCUGCUAUGCCGGUGAUUGAAACAAACUUCUUGGGACGGCAAAAAGAGCUAGAACAGCUGUGGCAGUCUUUAGAGCCAUCUAAAUCUGAGCUACAGAAAGUUGCUAUCAUUCAUGGGCUUGGGGGAAUGGGAAAGACACAGCUAGCCAUUCGUUUCGCACGGCACCAUAAACGUGAUUUCACUGCUAUAUUUUGGUUGAGUGGCAAGGAUCGAGCCACUCUUGUGCAAUCUUUAAGCUCAGUCUUGCCCCGACUACCGGGCCAGUGCCAAAUUCCCGAUGCGAUCAAUGACGAAGAGGCAGAGCAACGAGCUAGGACUGUUUUGCGGUGGCUAGCGUUGGAGAGAAACUCGCGCUGGCUAAUCAUUUUUGACAACAUCGAUCAAUACUCUCCCGACAAUAGCGCUGUUGGUCAAACAUACGAUAUUCAGCGAUUCUUCCCUGGGGCCGAUCAUGGCUCUAUUUUGAUCACGUCUCGGCUCGAAACAUUGACUGAGCUAGGGGAGUCUAUUCCAAUACAUAGGCUUAACCACGAGGAUGCGAUCCAACUACUCCUACGAAGCAGCCGUCUAUUAGCGAAUACUGCUGUCGGUGAGCUUGGGAGCAACCCAGGAACCCUUGCCCUUGCCAGUCGUCUGGAUGGGCUGCCACUAGCCAUUGUUAUUGCCGGGUCCUAUAUACGUAAAACUGGAACCAGCGUCGCUAGGUACUUGCAGCUCUACCAAGAGUCUUGGUCCAACUUACAAUUGCAAUCAAAACCUGGACCACAGUACAAACAAGGCAACAUACUACAGACGUGGCUGCUCUCAUAUCACGAGAUUCAAAAGCGUGACUCAAACGCAGCCCAGCUGCUAUUGCUUCUUGCCCACUUUAACAACCAAGACAUCUGGUACGAAUUGAUUCACAGUGGCUGUAAUGCGUCAGACGUUCCAUUGUGGCUUUAUGAAAGCGCUGCAAGCUUUCUUGCAUUUUCGACCACAGUACGCGUUCUGAUCGAAUUCUCUUUUCUUGAACUUAAGCAGCAGGAAGGAAGCUACACAAUGCAUCCAGUGGUACAGGACUGGUGUCUUCACAUACCCAGAACUGACAAGAAUCCGAGUUCCCUCCAGCUCAAAGAACUGGCUUUGAUUUCUGUUGGAUAUCUUGUGCCUAAUGUCAGUGAGAGAAAUUACACGGAACUUCAGCGACGGCUUAUUCCGCACGCCAAUUAUGUGCUUGGUGGAGAUUGGUUGGGAGACGAUACUAGGGUUCGUGGGGCUUUUCAUGGUCUGGGAAAUCUCUACAAAGACCAGGGAAAGCUAGAUAUAGCAGAGGAGAUGUACCAACGAGCACUGGCAGGCAAGGAGAAGGCCCUAGGUCCAGAUCACACGUCGACCCUGGAUACAGUAAAUAAGCUUGGGAAUCUCUACUCUGAUCAGGGGAAGAUGAAGAAGGCAGAGAAGCUGUACCAGCGGGCACUAGUAGGACGCGAGAAUGCUCUGGGUCCAGAUCACACAUCGACUCUUAAUACAGUCAACAACCUGGGGAAUCUCUACUCUAAUCAGGGAAAGUUAAGGGAGGCAGAGGAGAUGUACCAGCGGGCGCUGGUAGGCAAGGAGAAGGUCCUAGGUCCAGAUCACACGUCGAGUCUUGGUAUAGUCAACAACCUUGGUCUUCUUUACUCUGAUCAGGGGAAGCUAGAGAAGGCAGAGGCGAUGUACCAGCGGGCACUGGCAGGACGCGAAAAGGCCCUAGGUCCAGAUCACACAUCGACUCUUAAUAUAGUCAAUAACCUUGGGAAUCUCUACUCUGAUCAGGGGAAGUCGAAGAAGGCAGAGGAGAUGUACCAGCGGGCACUAGUAGGAUACGAAAGGGCCCUCGGUGCAGAUCACACGUCGACUCUUAAUACAGUCAACAACCUUGGGAAUCUCUACUCUGAUCAGGGGAAGUCGAAGAAAGCAGAGGAGAUGUACCAGCGGGCACUAGCAGGAUAUGAAAGGGCCCUCGGUGCAGAUCACACGUCGACUCUCAAUACAGUCAACAACCUUGGGAAUCUCUACUCUGGUCAAGAGAAGCUAAAGGAGGCAGAGGAGAUGUACCAACGAGCUCUAGCAGGCAAGGAGAAGGCUCGCGGUCUAGAUCACACGUCGACUCUCGAUACAGUCAAUAACCUUGGAAGUCUUUACUCUGACCAGGGAAAGCUAGAGAAGGCAGAGGCGAUGUACCAGCGGGCACUGGCAGGACGCGAGAAAGCCCUAGGUCCAGACCACACGUCGACUCUUAAUACAGCCAACAACCUUGGGAAUCUCUACUCUGAUCAGGGGAGGCUAGAAAAGGCAGAGGAGAUGUACCAGCGGGCACUGGCAGGAUACAAAAGGACCCUGGGUCCAGAUCACACGUCGACUCUUAAUACAGUCAACAAUCUGGGUCUUCUCUACUCUAAUCAGGGGAAGCUAGGAAAGGCAGAGGAGAUGUACCAGCGAGAACUCCCUGGCAGUCGGAAGGCCGCACAUCUCAAUUUCAACAGAGGACGGCGGGCUGUGAAUAGACUCACCGGAUGGCUUAAGCAUGAUCGAUAG